AUGGCUGUUUCUGACUUAGACACUUCUCGCUCUGCUGAAAUGCUAGAAACAGAUACUUACUCUUCUUCCCCUGACCCCCAUUCAACCUGUUAUGGUGCCUCAAUAAAUACUACUUCGGAUGCUGCUACUAGCCAACGGAUUCGGGAUCGGCUUUCAGACUCCAUUCAGGCUGAGUCUGAAUGGGGCAUAAAGGCUUGCUCAUCCCAAACUAUGUAUAAUAGACCCGCCAGUGGUCAGCGUGCUCUGGCUGGCCUUGGGCCAAGCUCAGGGGUACUUGAUUGUUCGAAGUUGGAUGCAAAUAUAGGUAAAUAA